GGGGAUUGAAGCAGAGGCCCGGUAGGAGGGCCGGCUGGUCCAGCCUGCAGCCGCCGACGGGCCGCGGGACGCGGAGAAGCAUGGCCCGGCCAGCCGUUUGCGCGCUUGCCCUGGCGGCGGUGCUGCUGCUCGGUGUCGCCACCGUCUCCAGAUCCAAGGGCCUGCGGGGCAAGGAGCAUCAGGGGACGCCCCGGAUCCCUUCUCAGUUCAGCCAGGAGGAGCGCGUCGCGAUGAAGGAAGCUCUGAAAAGUGCCAUCCAGAUUCCAACAGUGUCAUUCAGCCCCAAGGAGUUGAACACAACAGCCCUGGCAGAGUUUGGACAAUACAUUCGUACAGUCUUCCCUGCGGUCUUCAAAGCCAGCUUUAUCCGACAUGAAGUCGUGGGAGAGUACAGCCACCUGUUCACUGUCCAAGGCUCGGACCCCAGCUUGCAGCCAUACAUGCUGAUGGCUCACAUUGAUGUGGUGCCUGCCCCCGCUGAAGGCUGGGAGGUGCCCCCGUUCUCUGGGUUGGAGCGUGAUGGCUUCAUCUAUGGUCGAGGCACCAUGGACAACAAGAACUCUGUGAUGGCAAUCCUGCAGGCCUUGGAGCUCCUGCUGAUCAGAAACUACGUCCCCCGAAGGUCUUUCUUCAUUGCCCUGGGCCAUGAUGAGGAGGUGUCGGGGACAAAUGGAGCCCAGAAGAUCUCAGCCCUGCUACAGGCACGGGGCAUCCAGCUGGCCUUCAUUGUGGACGAGUGUGGCUUCAUCUUGGACGAUUUCAUUCCCGGCCUCAAGAAGCCCUUUGCCAUGGUUUCAGUCUCAGAGAAGGGCGCGAUUAACCUCAUGCUGCAAGUAAACAUGACGCCAGGCCACUCCUCAGCUCCUCCGAAGGAAACUAGUGUUGGCAUCCUCGCCACCGCUGUCAGCCGACUGGAGCAGACACCAAUGCCAAACAUGUUUGGAGAUGGGCCAUUGAAGAUAGCACUGCAGCAACUGGCCAGUGAGUUUUCCUUCCCAACCAAUAUAAUCCUGAGGAAUCUGUGGCUAUUCUGGCCUCUUGUAAGCAGAUUAAUGGAGAGGAAUUACAUAACCAACACACUGGUCAGAACCACCACGGCGCUUACCAUGUUCAAUGCCGGGCUCAAGGUGAAUGUCAUCCCGCCGGUGGCCCAGGCCACAAUCAACUUCCGGAUUCACCCUGAACAAACAGUCCGGGAGGUCCUAGAACUCGUCAAGAACAUUGUGGCUGAUGACCGGGUCCAGUUGCAUGUGUUGGAUGCCUUUGACCCCCUACCCAUCAGCCCCUUUGAUGAUCAGGCCUUGGGCUACCAGCUGCUCCGGCAGACCAUACAGUCUGUCUUCCCGGAAGUCAACAUUGUUACCCCAGGUACUUGUAUUGGCAACACAGACAGCAGACACUAUACAAACCUCACCACUGGCAUCUAUCGGUUCAACCCCAUCUACCUGAACCCUCAGAACUUCCGUAGCAUCCAUGGGAUCAACGAGAAAAUCCCAGUGCAAGCCUAUGAGACCCAUGUGAAAUUCAUCUUUGAGUUUAUCCAGAACGCUGACAGAGAUGAGGAGCCGGCUCCUCACCUGCAUGAACUGUGAGGUCCAGGAGCAGCUGGAUUAGGGGUGCCUGACCUCGGGUACAGGUCACCCAGGAGAGAAAGCCAGUACUGAUGAAACUUUUGGUCAAAACCACGUUGUGAACAUCUCUCCCAAGAAUAAGUCCAGCGAGUAGGAUAGCGCCAGCAGGACUCUGCCUUCACCGGUCCUCCUGGUAACCCCAUCCCUCUGCGACCGCCAUUUAUCGCCUUUAUUCCUAUCUUAGUAGGUAUCUGGCUUAUCUGUCUUACACUGGUUAUUUAACAACUCCUUCUUAAGGUUGGACUUAACAACAAAUGCAGAUUGGAAAAAUCCCAGCCAGGUCUGACCUUCAGAAGUGUUUAAUUUCAGGCACACUUGCCAGCUUGGCUUCUCCACGGCUUUUCUAUUUCUUUUCGCUGUAAUCUCCAUUCCCUUUUCUCCCCCUCUUCCUGGAUGUUAGGCCAGCCCUUCAUCUGCCCUCUCCUGCCGCUGCACCCUUCCUUUACCCUCUGAUUCAUUCUACUUCUGAAGCAGAACUUAACUCACACUGUGAUGCCACCAUAACUACCCCCAACAAAAAAUUGGCCAAAUAAAGUGAUCUCAGCAGCA